CUCGCGGGAUCCGGGUCCGCGCUCGACGCUCGCUCUCUCCUGCCGCCCCGCCGACGGGGGUCGCCAUGGUUCACUUCUUGCACCCGGGCCUGUCGCCCAGGAAUAUCGUCCCUCCCGACGCUCAGAAGGAUGCCCUGGGUUGCUGCGUGGUGCAGGAGGAGGCAUCUCCCUACUCUUUGGUCAACAUCUGCCUGAACUUCCUGAUUGCUAACCUAGAGAAAUUGUGUUCUGAAAGAUCUGAUGGAACAUUGUGCCUUCCAGAGCAUUGGAGUUUUCCUCAGGAAGUAGCUGAUCGAUUCCUUGGGGUGAUGACAUGGCAAGGCAAGCUGACUGAUAGAACAGCGAGCAUUUUCCAAGGCAACCAAAUGAAACUGAAGCUGGUCAAUAUUCAAAAAGCCAAAAUCUCGACAGCUGCAUUCACAAAAGCCUUCUGUCAUCACAAAGUCAUUGAACUGGAUGCUACUGCAGUGCACACUGACCUCCCAAUUCCAGACAUCAUAAGUGGACUCUGCAGCAAUAGCUGGAUCCAGCAAAACCUUCGGUGUCUCCUGUUGGACUCAACGAGCAUCCCUCAGGAUUCAAGAUUACUGUUCUUUGGUCAGCUCACCGGUCUUCGCGUUUUAAGUGUUUUCAAUGUUUGUUUUCAUAGUGAAGACCUGGCUAACGUUUCUCAGUUACCAAAACUGGAAAGCUUGGAUAUCUCCAAUACUAUGGUCACUAACAUCUCUACACUCCUCGCCUGUAAAGAUCGACUCAAAUCUCUCACAAUGCACUAUCUAAAGUGUCUGACCAUGACCAAACCACAGAUUCUUGCAGUUAUUAGAGAACUUAAAUGUCUGCUUCACCUUGAUAUUUCUGAUCACAGGCAACUCAAAUCAGAUCUGGCUUUUCAUUUGCUGCAGCAAAAGGAUAUUCUGCCUAAUGUUGUGUCACUGGAUAUAUCGGGGGGCAGUUGUAUCACCGAUGGAGCUGUAGAACUGUUUAUACGGCAGCGGCCUGCGAUGCAAUUUGUGGGACUGUUGGCUACGGAUGCUGGUUAUUCUGACUUCUUUACUGCAAAGCAAGGCUUGAGGGUUGCUGGAGGAGCCAAUAUGAGCCAGAUUUCAGAAGCUCUGAGUCGAUACAGGAAUAGGUCAUGUUUUAUGAAGGAAGCCCUUUACAGGCUCUUCACAGAGACGUUUUCAAUGCAGGUAACCAUGCCUGCGAUUUUAAAGCUUGUGGCUGUAGGAAUGAGGAAUCAUCCAUUGGAUUUGCCAGUGCAGUUCACAGCCAGUGCUUGCGCCCUCAACUUAACACGCCAGGGCCUGGCCAGGGGGAUGCCUGUUCGUCUGUUGUCAGAGGUCACCUGUCUGCUUUUCAAGGCUCUGAAAAAUUUCCCCCAUUACCAGCAGUUACAGAAGAAUUGUCUUCUCUCCUUAACCAAUUCCAGGAUUCUUGUGGAUGUUCCAUUUGACAGGUUUGAUGCUGCCAAGUUUGUUAUGAGAUGGCUUUGUAAGCAUGAGAACCCCAAGAUGCAAACAAUGGCAGUGAGCAUCACCUCUAUUCUAGCCCUGCAGCUCUCAUCUGAGCAAACUGCACAGCUUAAGGAAGAGCUCUUCAUGGCAGUUAAGGAACUUCUAGCAAUAGUAAAACAAAAGACUACUGAAAAUUUAGAUGAUGUCACACUCUUGUUUACUUUGAAAGCACUUUGGAAUCUUACAGAUGAGUCUCCAGCUGCCUGCAGUCACUUUAUAGAAAAUCAAGGAUUGGCAAUCUUCAUCCAAGUCUUGGAGACUUUUUCAGAGUCAGCAAUACAAAGCAAAGUACUUGGUCUUUGGAACAACAUAGCUGAAGUUAGAGAACUGUCUUCCAAGCUGGUGACUGAAGAUGUGGUGAAACAUAUUAGCAGCUUGCUCCAUAGCAAAGAAAUAGAAGUCAGUUAUUUUGCUGCAGGCAUCAUAGCCCACCUGACAUCUGACACACAGCCCUGGAUGUCCCAUGACCUUCAGAGGAGUGCUCUUCUCCAGGAUUUGUAUGCAACCAUCCAGAAUUGGCCAAGUUCAAGUUGUAAGAUGACAGCGUUGGUGACCUACAGAUCCUUCAAGGCAUUUUUCCCACUCCUUGGCAACUUCUCUCAACCAGCAGUUCAGCUCUGGGCACUAUGGGCAAUGUAUCAUGUCUGCAGUAAAAACCCCAGCAAAUACUGCAGAAUGUUAGUUGAAGAAGAAGGAUUGCAGUUUUUGUGUGACAUCCAGGAGCACAGUGAGGCAGAUGCUCAAGCACAGAGGAUUGCAACCUCCAUUCUAGAUGACUUCAGAAUGCAUUUCAUGAAUUAUCAGAGACCCUCUCUGUGUUGAAUGCCCUCCUCAGCCCCUGGGGCUUAG